AUGAUGCGAUUGCUGUUCUUGUGUCUGCUGCUACUGCUGCCAGCUUCUGCCGACACUGAUGAUGAGGAUUUAAUUGGCAAACUUGGUGUGCAUGAGACAAAUGCAGAUAAAACUAAAGGCACGGAUGAAGCCUCCAAUCAGAUUACCAUGAUUGUCAUCAUUGUGGCUGUCACAGUGUUGACUCUUUCCGUCGCAGCAAUAGUUGCUGUAAUGUUGGCAAGACGGCAGAUGAACAUUCGACAGCAAGGGAUUUACUCAGUACCUACAGAGCAGGACCAGAAAGGGGCCAUCUAGUUCCUGACAACAGCAGCCAUAUACCACAAAGCUAAGAGGAGCAAUGCAUCAGGCUAUGCUAUCUCCUACUCUGACUCAGGACAGUUAAACUUCUUUGCACAACAGCCUGCUUUUCACUGCUCACUUCUCGCUAGCCCACUCCAACACAAUCUCAUGUACAAGUGAAACGUAUGCUGUGUUUUUCUUUAGGCCAUUGUAUGCUUUUGUCGUCGUCCCUUCCUAUUUUGUACUCCAUAUACACACAGUUUAGCCUGAGACAUUUGGAACACAUUCAAACCUUCUAAUUGGAUUCUAUUUGAGGAAUCCAAAUCAAAGGCUCACUGUAUGGCUUGAAGCUGCUUUCUUUAAAAUUGAUCAUUUAGCACAAGCCCCCCCCCCCCCCCUCUUCCCCCUUUUUUUUUUUUUUUUGAGGCCGUUGAAAAGAAAAUUAUUUCUGCCAGCUAUGCAGUGAAACUGUAUUUUCUUAAAAUACUGGAUGUGGAGCAGACCUGUCUGUAAAAUGGCCAUUGAGUGAGACAAAGCAAGUCAAGCCACACGAAGCCAGCUCAGUGCUCACUUUAUUUUUCCUUCCACCUGUCUGACACCCCCUGUUUCUGGCCCAUUAGGGAGCAAGAGACAGUUCAGCUGGAAAAGGGUGGAGUGAGGGGAGUGGCACGGGUUUCCCAUCUUUCCCGAAAUGAAUGCAUAUGGCUACUGAAUACACUUUCAUGCAGUGAUGCAUAUUAAUCAACCACCAUGAAUGAUGAUGCUUUCGUUUCCCCCUCUUUCAUUUUGAAAGGUUCUCAUUUUAGUUUAGCAAGUUGUAAAUGGCUCUCUGAAUGCUGUAGAGUUAGAUUUAUGCCUUUCACGCCAGCAGGACGAAAAAUUGAAUGAAGUAGCAUGAUUAGGGAGGGGUGGGGGUAUGCCAACAACAUCCCUAAAUAUGACAAAAAGCAAUCAGCCAAGAAUGAAAGCCUUUCUUUUGUUAUGGGAAAUAAAAGGACAUGAACACUUUGGCCACUUUUAAAAGCAUGGGGUGUAUCAAAGCAACAUAAUCUUUUGCUUAUCCACUAAUUUUUCAACUUACCGAAAAGGGGACAAACCCUGGGUGUGAUCCAGUCAUCUGUUUUUCUGGUUUAUUGGUUUAGCGCCAUCUUGGAUUAUGCUGUCCAAUUAAUGCUGAAGAAAUUAUGGAAUUAUUUUUUGUGCAUUUGUUUUACUUUUUCUAAGGACUACACCUACGGCAAAAAUAUUUCUUUGCCCUGUAAGCCUUCAUUAACUAUUGACAUUUCAAGCAGAUGACAUUUUUGAUCUAAACGAGAAACUACAUAAAACAUUUCAAUUUUGUUCAUUAUCUACACUGCUUUGUUUUAAAAAAAACAAUCAUAGUAGCACGCCACCUGUUAGCUUUGAUUAUGGCUCUUGUUCACUGAGUUGGACUGCUUCAAAUAGUUUAUUAUUAUUUUUUUCCCUCGUCAUCUCAUUGCCUUGAAUAUAUCUGUGACAUCAGAGAAAGGUAAGAGGGGAAAAAAACAUUUAUAAGUAAAAGCUGGUCACUCAGUAUUUGGGUUGUGGGAGCACCAUUUAUUUAUUUCUUUUCCUUUUUCUUUCUUGGGCUGGAUUCACAGCAUGGCUUAACCCAGUAGUUACCCAGCUAAGGUCAGCCCAAGCCAACCAGGUGGUAACUUCUUUUUUGGACGGAUAGUUCUUAUACGUACUCCAAGUCUCACUGUAUGAUUGUGUGGUAAAGAGUGUAGCAGUCUGCACUUUAAAGGCAUUUUCUGAAAUGUAUAAGGUGAACAGAAGUGUGCAGACAUUUAAUGGAAGAGUCAGUCCAUCCAACUUUGCAUUUGUGACCAAAUGCCUUUUUGACUCUUCAUUAUGUAAAUCCCAACACUACUCCUGUCCUGUAAAUGCAAUUCAUGUAGCUAUUAAGAUUUAAAUGUUUUAGUUAUGUGGAGCUCUUUUAUUUCCCCCUCAAUUAGUACUCAGAACAUGAUCUGCAAUUUUUCCUUUUUUUUUCUUUUUUCUUUUAAAUACUAAUAUAGCCUAUUUUAAGUAUUUACGGGGAUAUGAAUCUGCUUUGUUUCUGUUCAGAUAAACAAAUAUUUGGCUGAAUAGUUUUUACUUUUCCCGUUAAGUUGAAAGGUGACAUUAAGGGCUGGGACUCUGUUAUAAGCCAAAAAUCUGUUUGUAUGUAAAAUAGAUAAAUAAAUAAAAAUCUUUGAAGAAAUAAAAACAUUUGAACUUCAUGUUAAAUACUCAUGUUCAUAUAUGCACUUUUCUUUCCAGAUUUAUGUAUUUUUAUGUCAAUGACAUUGACUGGGUUUAUAAGAAUAAAGAUGUCCUGAUAUCUCCAAGUAAACAAACUGUGUGACUGUAUAUCUUUAAUUGGCUCCGUUUGCACAGCUGCAGUUACCUUGAUUUUUCUGCUGACAGCAAUUAGCCUGGGAAAACUGCUGUAUUUUGUGUAGCUAUUCUGAGUUCUAGACUGUUUAUUUUCACAUUAAAUGUGUCAUACAGUGUGCUUGAUUUUUCUCUUUCUGUUUGCAUAAUUCAGAAGCCAUAUGGAUGCAAAGAUAAUGUGCCAAUAGAUGCUGUUUAAUCUGGGGCUUUACUCGCAAGCAUUGAGCCACUAAGAGGCUUAGACACUCUUACUAAACAUAUGGUUUUGUUGGAUUGACAGUGAAGAGGGCAAGAUGUGACCCGCUCAUAUGUUAUAUCCUCAAAAAUCUGUGAAAAGUCCUGGUGGAGAUGAGCAAACAUGAAAUGUGGAGUUAUUCCUGAUAACCUUUAAUGAUAAUCUUAUGUGAGGAACUGCCAAAGGCAAGAAACAAAGGUUGUCAGACUGAACACUUUUUCAUGGCUAAUGUGAUUCAGAUAUGAACCACCUUAUUUAAGAGAUAUCUGACAUUUUAGUGCAAUAUUUCAUUCUGGGAAGAAAAUGCAUGGAUAAAACUGGUGAUGAUUCCCAGUUUCUUUAUUUUUACACCCCCUUUAUUACACCCCCUUUGUCAGUGCAAAUCGUUUAUUCUGUUGGUUCAUUCACCAGUCCUCCAUGACAUUUACCUAGAAGCAUGCAACAUUCAGUCCACAUACAAACACAUGCUGCCAGGUGUUCAGUGUUCUUAUCCUGGUAAGGUACUGGUAUGUAGCUUGCAGCUCCUUGCCUCUGUCGCAUAUUCCUUAACCUUGGACCACUCGAUAAGACUUUGAUGACUUCUUGUGACACCUGGGCAGUCGUGUUAACUUCCCACAGCUGAUGACCAUAAUGCCCAAGAUGAAGAGCACUGCAGCAAUGACAAGUCCGGCCAAUCGCAGGGACUUAUAGUCAUAGGUGAAACCCUCAUUCCAUCUUUCAUCCCAGGUAUAAGUUGCUCUGGUGGUGUUUUUGGUUGUUUUUGUCACAGAUGGAAUGGAUGUCACUGGAACUGAAGUGGGCUUUGUUUUGGAAGUUGUAGAGUUCUGAGUGAAAGCUGGUGUCUUUGAGUCAGUGGUGUUGACUGAGCUGUUGGUGACUUGUUUCGUGGCGUGUUCAGUUAGAGGGGUUUCUGGAGAGGAGUUGGUAUUUCUGGUGACUCGGAUUUCCCUUUUUUCAAAGACGGUGGUAGGAAUGGCAUUCAUACUGGUGUUCAACGGCACAUUCUGAUCUGCUGCUGUGGGAGUUUGAGCCUGAGACACUUUUAACAUAACAAACAGGAAAUAUAUCAGGGAGGCCGUACAAGUCUUAGCAUCCAUCCUGUAAGAUGUUAGUGUCCAAAGAGGUAUCCGAAAGCUCAUCAUCCACCACGCUGUCCUAUGUGUGUCACUUUUGAAAGGCUCGCCUACCACACCCAGGUGCUCACCACUGCCACUUCCUCAUCCAGACGACUGUUUCAGUCUUA